AUGGCGGUGUCCUCUGUGCUUUCCUUCAAAGACUGUACCUCUUGGCAGGGGCUCCUGCUCAUGGCCUUCCUUUUAACCAGCUGGCACCUGUCUACCACUACCAACAUCACCAUUAAAGUAGUGCCUCCCUACGUUUUUGAAGGAGAAAACGUCCUUCUCUUUGCUAACAAUCUGCCAGACAAUCUUCUAGCCUUUGUCUGGUUCAAAGGGAUGACAGAAAAGAGCCACAUUAUUGCAGUGUAUGCAGCGAAUACUAAAAGAACUGUGAUGGGGCGUGCACACAGCGGCAGAGAAACAAUCUACAGUAAUGGAUCUCUGCAGAUCCGCAAUGUAACCCAGAAGGACAUAGGAUUCUACAUUCUUAAAUCCUAUAAUAGGCAAGCAGAAACGGUAUCAACAACAUCCAUAUACCUCCACGUGUACAGUUUCCAUUUGACAUUUGGAUGCCCUCUCACCUCUGCUCAGCCCAGCAUUGAAUUAGUGCCUCCCUAUGUUGCUAAAGGAGGAAAUGUUCUUCUACAAGUUCACAACCUCCCAGAGAAGAUUCAUGAAAUUUCCUGGUACAGGGGGAUAGCUGUGUUGAUCCACAAAGAGGUUUUUCGAUACAUAAUAGCCAAGAAUUCAAUUGUGGUGGGACCUGCACACAGUGGUAGAGAGACCAUGUACAGCAAUGGAUCCUUGCUAAUCCACAAUGUUACUGGGAAUGACACAGGAUACUAUACCCUAGGAACUCUGAAUGCAGAUGUGAAAGGUGAAGCAGUGCAUGUACAACUCCUGGUGGGUGCCUCCUUUUUGCCCUGUGGACGCUCUCCCACCUCUACUCACUUCAGCAUUGAAUCGGUGCCACCCAGUGUUGCUGAAGGGGGAAGUGUUCUUCUACUUGUUCACAAUCUCCCAAGGAAUCUUCAAAUGCUUUUCUGGUACAAAGGGGUGGUAAUGAUCAAGAACCAAGAGGUUUCUCAGUAUAUAAUAGCAAAUAAUUCAAGUGUGGAUGGACCUGCACACAGCGGUAGAGAGACAUUGUACAGCAAUGGAUCCCUGCUGAUCCACACUGUCACCAAGAUUGACACUGGAUUCUACACCCUGCGCACCCUGGGCACAGAUCUGAAAGAGCAAGUGAGGCAUGUGCAACUCCAUGUGGAUGCCUCACUUUCUACUUGCUGUAACCCUAUCACCUCUGCCCCACUCGUGAUCAAUCAAGUGCCACAGAAUGUUGAUAAAGGGGAAAGCGUUCUUCUCCAGGUUCAUAAUCUGCCACAAGAUCUGCAUGCAUUUUCCUGGUACAAAUCUGCAUAUAGAAGCCCACUUUUAAAAAUUGUACUGUAUACCUCAUCCAUGAAUUCCAUCAUGAGGGGCCCUGCACACAGCAGAAGAAUGACAGUGUACACCAACGGAUCCCUGCUCUUCCAGAAAGUGACUGAGAAUGAUGCAGGAUUCUACACACUGGAAAUUGUAAACAGAGGGUUCAAAGUUACAACAACCCAUGCACAACUUCAUAUAAACUGUAUUCACCCUUCCACCACUGGCCAGCUCAUUAUCGAACCGGUGCCUCUCAACAUUGUUGAUGGGAGCAACGCUCUCCUGGUUGUUCAUAAUAUGCCAGAGAAAAUUCGAGCCUUUUACUGGUACAAAUGGGUAGGCAUUCUCUACAAAAAUUUAAUUUCAGGGGAUGAAAUAACCACAAAUAAGAGAAUAAUGGGACCUGCAUAUAGCGGUAGAGAGACAAUGUACCCCAAUGGUUCACUGCUACUGCAAAAUGUCACCCAGGAGGACACUGGAUUCUACACCCUACGAACUUUAAAUAUGCAGUAUGAAGAUCAGGAGACACAUGCACAAAUCCACAUAUACAAGCCUGUGACACAGCCCUUUAUUCAGGUCACCAACACCACAGUCAGAGUACAGAGCUCUGUCGUCCUCACUUGUGUCUCACCCGACACUGGAAUCUCGAUCCAGUGGUUCUUCAAUGACCAGAAUCUGAAGCUCACAGAAAGGAUGACACAGUCCUCGACAAAGUGCCAGCUCACCAUAGAUCCUGUGAGGAUGGAGGAUGCUGGAGAGUAUCAGUGUGAGGCCUCCAACCCAGUCAGUUUUAUGACCAGUUUCCGAGUCACCCUGGAUGUUGUGAAUGAGUGA